UUAUUAUACAGGAAGAUGGCUCCAAAAAGGAGUAUGAAGUAGUUGGACGUUUUCCAUUAGUUGACCCUUGGUGGAAGGUUUGUGUUAAAGCUAUAAAAAUGGGAUCAAAGUACUUCGUGCAAGAAUAUCCCUUCUACUCUCUGCGGACUGAUAUAGAAGAGAACAACCGACAAAUCUUUUCACUCUUUCUUAAGGAAUGUGGUGUUCCUGACUGUUUGAAAGAAAAUUUUUUUACUUGGCUUCCUACGGACACUGUGCUGAGUUUUAGAAAUCUUGUAGAAAAACUAGAACAGUUCCAAGUUUCACAUGUAAAGCCAGGAAGGAGCCGAAGCAAAACUAAUGAUUAUGACAUCUUCUACUAUGUUUCAAAAUCAUUUGCAGGAAAGGUGGUGUUGGUAGCUCUGACUUUUCCGGUGAUACUGGAGUUCUUGCCCAUUCUUCUGCCACGCCAUUUUUGCUGUCUGUUGGAUAUGGUGUCUUGGCAAAGAAAGGCUGAAGAAAGCAAUGGUGCAGAUGGUGAAGAGGCAGAUUUUCAAGAUGAGAUGCUAACAAAAUUGGAUAAGAUAUUAAAGAAUGAGCCAUGGAAACUUGGAUUUAGCAGGAUUGUUUAUAAGGAACUGAAGCUUUCUUACUGUGAGGCAACGUGGGCUGCCUUCCGUCAGUGUGACCGUCUCCUCUGGAAGAUUCCUGAAUUGCAGAAGAAUGCAUUAAUUCUGUAUGAUAAGCUCAAGAAACAGUGUAGAGAAAUGGGACACACUUAUGAAGAUCAAGAUGAAUUAGCUUGUUUCGUAUCUAAAGAUAUGUCCAUUGAGCAUGUUUGGCAGUCUCUCAAAUUUUUGAAAGAUCAGGAGAUAGUGAUUAGAGAGAAGAAGCUGGUGUUCCUCCGUCACCUUUACAACUCUGAAAAGGACAUUGCGAUGUAUAUAGGUCGCCUUCUGUCAAACCACACAUGGAAACUGGAUGCUGAUGUGAGAAAGAUACUUAACAUUUCUGAGACAUCAAGAGAAACAGUAGAUAGCAAAAUAACAAUUACCCAGGCACAUGAAAUGGAACAUCUGAAGGAAAAUAAUCCAGACAAUCAGAAUGGUGAAAAUCACUUCCUUGAAAAGGAAGUAGGGUCUGUGUCUGAUACCCAGAUUAAACGAGAGAUAGACUCAGAUCAGGUGAUGGCUGUGGAAAAGAUUUGUUCUAAUCCUGUCACAAUCAUAAGUGGAAAAGGAGGCUGUGGGAAGAGUACAGUAGUUAGCUGCCUUUUUCGUCAUUUAAAGCAGAUGGAAAAAGAAGUGGAAGCUGCUUCUAAGGACUUUGAAGAAGACUUGGAUGCAUCUGAUGAAUGGAAUACACUUGGUCAUCAUUGGGAAUCAGAGAAUACCUAUGACAAAAAACUUUUGAAUGUACUAUUCACUGCACCUACAGGGAGGGCAGCAAGUCUUUUGAGUGAAAAAACUAAGCUCCCUGCAUAUACGCUGCAUCAGAUUAUCUGUAGUUUUAAGUCAUGGAGGCAGAGUGAACGAGCACAGCCAUGGAAGUUUUCUACUGUGACAGUUCUGAUUGUGGAUGAAGGAAGUUUGGUGUCUGUACACAUUCUUAGUUUAAUUUUAAAACUCUUGUGUGAGCAUGCUCAGCUUGCUAAACUUAUUAUUCUAGGUGAUACUAGACAGCUACCAAGCAUAGACCCAGGAAACAUGUUAGCUGAUGUCUUUGAGGGUCUAAAACCAAGAGGCUUUUCAGUGGAACUGCGAACUAACCACAGAGCCGAAUCGCAGCUCAUUGUAGAUAAUGCCUCAAGAAUCUCUCACCGGCAGCUUCCUGAAUUUGAUGAGGUGCUGCAAGUUUCUGCUUGGAAUGGGGAAAUGACAGUGCCAAGCCCAGAGAAGAAAUUCAUUCUUAUUGCUUUGCCUGCUGGCGGGAAUUGUGACAAUUUGCAAACUGCCAUAAAGACUUUACUUAAAAAGGGGCCAGGAUUGGAGGAUGCUGAACAAUCACAAUUCAUUGCUUUCAGAAGGCAAGACUGCAAUCUAAUAAAUGAACUUUGUUGCCAGCACUAUUCAAAUCAUUUAACCAGAGACCACAAAAAGCGACUUUCGUUUCAAAUUGGGGACAAGAUUUCCUGCAUGAGGAAUACAUAUCUCAAGGAUCUCUUGCCAGGCUGUGGUUUUGGAGAGGGUUCUAAUGGCCAUGGAGAAACCACCAUCACUGCAGGGGCUGCUGAGGAUGACAGACGACUGUGCAAUGGAGACAUAUUUUUCAUAACAGGGGAUGUGGAAAUUGAUAAGCAGCGCUUACUGACCAUCAGCAGCACAUGUGGUUCCACGUUCACUGUGAAGUAUAAGGCACUGAAGAAGCUAUGUCACAUAAAACAUGCAUGGGCCAGAACUAUUCACACAUUUCAGGGUUCCGAGGAGAAGACUGUGGUGUACGUGGUUGGCCAUCCAGGCCGGCAGCACUGGCAGCACGUGUACACAGCCGUGACCAGGGGGCGCUGCCGUGUCUAUGUCGUAGCUGAAGAGCUGCACCUCAGGAGAGCAGUCACCAACAAGAACAUGCCCAGAAAAACUCGCUUACAGAGAUUUUUGAGAGAGGUAAUUGCAGAAACAAACAACCAUCCCAAACAAAUGAUGGAGUGCUGGCAAAAUCAAGAGCUCAAGACUUGGACUGUUGCUGUAAAUGAAGGUGCUCCUGAUGCUCCUGAACCUCUAAGUGACCUCAUUAAACAAGAGUCAUCAGUUGUCUCUGAAGAGCAGACAGGCAGUUUGAAGCAAAGCCCUGGUAAAAGACAACAUACUCUUGCAAAGCAUUCUGAGGCUGCUGCAAAAAUACACCCUGUAAUAGCAGAAUCCCCACUUGGAACUUCCAGACUUAAGAAUCUAACUUUGGGAAAACCAACUCCUAGGAAGCUUCUCAAAAGCUAA